GGCCUCGCCUUGUUCAUCCUUCAUCCUCAUUCUCUAUCCUCUCCUCACUCUCUCGGUUCAACAAUGGCGCAACCUUUAGUAGCAGCACCGUCUUCAUCUUCCAUAACUUCACCAAUUCCCAGAAAACUAUGUUCCUCUCUCCUCACACCUUCCUCCUUAAGCUUAUCCUCUAACCCCAGAAACUCCCUCCAAUUUCUCAACAGCAAACUUUUUCUCUCUCCUCCUUCCACUUCUCACAGACGUCUUUCCAUUGUCGCCAUGGCUCCUAAACCCGGAAAAGCUAAAAAGGUGAUUGGAGUAAUUAAACUGGCGUUGGAGGCUGGAAAAGCGACACCGGCACCACCAGUGGGACCUGCGCUGGGUUCAAAGGGUGUGAAUAUAAUGGCGUUUUGCAAGGAUUAUAAUGCUAGAACUGCUGAUAAACCCGGUUUCGUUAUUCCUGUUGAGAUCACCGUUUUUGAUGAUAAAAGUUUUACUUUCAUUUUGAAGACUCCACCUGCAUCUGUUCUUCUUCUGAAGGCUUCAGGUGCGGAAAAAGGAUCAAAGGAUCCACAAAUGGAAAAAGUGGGGAAGAUCACGAUCGACCAACUACGAGGAAUCGCCACUGAAAAGUUGCCUGACUUGAAUUGCACAACCAUUGAAUCAGCAAUGAGAAUUAUUGCAGGAACUGCUGCCAACAUGGGAAUCGAUAUCGAUCCUCCUAUCCUCGUCAAGAAGAAAAAAGAAGUUAUCUUCUAAGUAAAUUUUCCCCAAUUCUCCAUCAUGUAGUCAAUUUAUAUAGGUUAUUUAAAAGUUAUUUGUAAUUGAUUCUUUUAAGUUGCUGUAUAAUUCGGCUUGUUACAUUGGUCAAGAUAUAUUAGAGCCAGCCAUUUUGUAA